GUUACCUUCUCUCUUCUGUUCACCUUCUCCUGUCAUUUCCCCGCACUUUUUGAUUCAUCAGGCCCUUCCUCACUCAGAUCUGCGGGACUCAGGCCUGUGAGCGAGGAGGGCCCAGUGUUAGGACGCUCAGCCACCCUGCUGUGGGGACCAGCGGGGAAAAGAACCAGUCCGCCUUGGACAUCGGCAUCCCGCGGGCCUGAGCGAUGGGGAACAUCAUGGACGGUAAGUCGGUGGAGGAGCUGAGCAGCACCGAGUGCCACCAGUGGUACAAGAAGUUCAUGACCGAGUGCCCCUCCGGCCAGCUCACCCUCUACGAGUUCCGCCAGUUCUUCGGCCUCAAGAACCUGAGCCCGUGGGCCAGCCAGUACGUGGAGCAGAUGUUUGAGACCUUUGACUUCAACAAAGAUGGCUACAUCGACUUCAUGGAGUACGUGGCGGCGCUCAGUCUGGUCCUCAAGGGGAAGGUGGAACAGAAGCUGCGAUGGUACUUCAAGCUCUACGAUGUGGACGGCAACGGAUGCAUCGACCGCGACGAGCUGCUCACCAUCAUCCGGGCCAUCCGAGCCAUUAACCCCUGCAGCGAUUCGACCAUGACCGCAGAGGAGUUCACCGAUACAGUGUUCUCCAAGAUUGACGUCAAUGGGGAUGGGGAACUCUCCCUGGAGGAGUUCAUGGAGGGCGUCCAGAAGGACCAGAUGCUCUUGGACACGCUGACCCGAAGCCUGGACCUUACCCGCAUUGUGCGCAUGCUCCAGAAUGGAGAGCAGGAUGAGGAGGGGGCUGGCGGCAGGGAAACUGAGGCAGCAGAGGCAGCCGGCUGAGCCCACCCCCCAGCUGUUUCUGUACUGGGGAGGGUGUGUGUGGUGGUGCCUGGUGUCUCGUUGUUUUAAUACUAGAUAGAGUCGACUG